AUGGCUGAAGACAAUCAACAACCACAAAUACCACCCAACUAUGUUCAAUUCAUGGAACAAAACCAACACAUGCUCACCAGCAUGAUGACUGCCUUCAUUCAGGCACAAAAUCAAGCACCUGCUGUCAAGUUGCCAACACCACCUACAUACAGUGGCACUCGCAAUGCAAGUGAAAUUGAUGCCUGGAUUCGUUUGAUUGACAAACAAAAGCUGCACAACAGCUGGAAUGAAGAACGCACCUACAAUUUUGCCUCUUCUUUGCUAUCUGGACGUGCUGCCACUAUUGUUGCCCAUUAUGAAGAUCCCGACAGUAAUCUUACCACACCUACAACGUGGAUGGAGCUGAAGGACAUUUUGAUUAGCAAUUUCCGUCCCACCAACGAUCAAGAUUUGGCCCGUGAUGUUUUGGUCACCAUUCGCCAAACCAGUUCAAUUCGGGAUUAUGUGGAUCGUUUUAUGGAUGCUGUCAUUCCCAUCAAGGAUAUUAGUGAACGUGAGCAAUGUGAUCGUUUCAUGAGAGGUUUAAAGGACAAGGAAUUGAUUGCCAAAAUUCGCGCCAUGCCUAUUGAAUCACGUACGUUGGAGAAGCUGUUCUCUGAUGCUCUGGCUCAUGAAUUCGCCCACCAUCCGGAGAUCAGUGCUGGUGUUCAGACAAACACUAGAUAUAAUAACAACAACAGUGAUGUACAGCCUAUGGACCUAGAUGCCAUCAUGCAUCGUAACAACGACAACAACAGUAACAGCUACAGCAACAACAACAACAACAGAAACAGAAAUAACAACAGGAGAAACAACAAUAAUCGCGGCCGUAAUAGGUAUGAUCCCAGCCUCACAUGUUUUCACUGCAAGAAAGUUGGACAUACCACCAAGAAUUGCCUCUCCCGUGCCACUGAAAUUAUGCAUGCAUUUGACAAGUUGGAUCUGGACACUAGACGCAAGCUUUUCAAGAAUGUUGGUGUUUUGAACUGUAUUUUGGAUGUUGAAUACAGAGAAGAGGAUAACUAUGGUUGUGAUUGCAACCAGUGUCAAAGUAGUAAUAAAGCUAGUGGAUCCUCUUACCUGUUGUCCCUGUGUGAUAAAAUUGCGGUUGAGAAAAGAAACGCACAGAUGGAUGAAUUGAGUCAAGUCAUUGCCAUGAUGGAUUCCUCUGUUGCGUCUUCUCCUGUUUUGGUUUCUGUGCCUGUUACUACCCCGGAUAAUGUCUCUGUACCUGUGCCAGACAACAAUCCAGUGGUGAAUUUAAACCCUGUCGUUGCGAACUCAAAUACUCGUCGUCCUGUGGAAUUGUCUCCUAUCAUUCAAGACUUGGAUACGUCAACCACCAUUGACCUCACCACUGACUCUGUGUACCUGACAAAUUUAUUGAAUGCAGCAAAUACCUCAACUCUACCUUUGUAUGGAGCAACUGUCAGACUCAACCAUUCUCUGGGUGUAGUCAAAGUCAAGUGCCUAAUUGACAAUGGUGCUAGUGAAAACUACAUCUCAGGUAGAAUUGCAAACAUGAUUGAAGGCCAUCGUAGCGUGAUCCAUGGAAGAGAGGUUGAAACUGCAGGUGGCAAUGUAUCUCCUAUUAAUGAAAAGAUUGUCUACGAUUUGAAUUUGCAAGGUCAUACAAGCCCAAUGUCAGCAUUCGUCUUUGAUACAAAGUUCGAUGUCAUUCUUGGUAGAUCCUGGCUCAAGGAACACAAGCCUGUUGCAGAUUGGUUUGAUGAUACGUGGACCUUGUCUUGUUGUGGUCCUGGUAAAACCACUAUCUCACCCACGUCGUCUUCCUGUGUGUCAAGCACACCAACUCAACAACCGCCUGAAUUAAAUUACUUAGUAUCUCAUCUUCAAGCAGAGAAAAUGUUGAAGGAGGAAGGCACAAAUGCAUGUUUCUUGUACAUGAUGGACCAAGGAGAGAAGGAUGGCGCAAGUACUGGAAUUACUCAAGAGAAUGUGGUAUGGACAGAUCAACUGAUGAAGGAUUUCCCAACGGUUUUUCAAGACAAAUUACCUGGCCUACCACCCAACAGACAAAAUUUCUCACAUGUGAUCAACGUUCCUGAAGGUGUCAAUCCCAUCAACAGACCUCCUUUUCGUAUGAGUCCAGCUGAACUUGAUGAAUUGCAGCGUCAACUGACCGAAUUGCAAUCUCUGGGCCUCAUUCGACCAUCGUCGUCACCAUGGGGUGCUCCGGUAUUAUUCGUCAAGAAGAAAAAUGGUGAAAUGCGAAUGUGCAUUGACUACCGCGCUCUGAACAAGGUCACUAUUCGCAACUCUACUCCUUUACCUCGCAUAGAUGAAUGCCUGGACCGUUUGCAAGGCGCUUCGUGGUUCACUUGCCUGGAUCUUCGUUCCGGCUACCACCAAAUUAGGCUAAAAGACUCUGAUAUCCCACUUACUGGAUUUAAUACCCGAUAUGGUAAAUGGGAAUGGCUCGUGCUGCCUUUCGGACUUUCAAACGCUCCACCCAGUUACCAAACUUGGAUGAACGGAGUUUUAAAAGAUUGCAUUGACAGAUUCGCUUUGGUUUACUUGGACGACUGUUGCAUCUUUAGCAAGACAUUAGAAGACCAUAUCAAGCAUGUUCGUCAAGUACUCUCCAUCUUUGAAAAGGAAGGGCUCAUUGUCAACUUGAAGAAAUGUGAAUUCGGUAAGCGUGAGCUAGAAUUUCUGGGAUUCAAGGUCUCCGCAAAUGGUAUUUUACCAUCGUCAUCGAAAGUGAAAGCUAUCCAAGACUGGCCAAGACCUACUAAUGUGCAAGAGGUGCGUCAAUUUGUUGGAUUAGCACAGCAUUAUCGCCGUUUCUGCCCGAACUUCUCUUCUGUGGCUGCUCCUCUUACUGAAUUGACUCAUGGUAAUGGUGCUAAGAAACGUGCUAUUGUCUGGAAUGAUCAAUGUGAAGUUAGUUUCAAAGCUAUCAAACAAAUGCUAACAUCAUCUCCUUUAUUGAAACUACCUGAUAUGAGCAAGCCAUACCGCAUUGAAACCGAUGCAAGUGACUUUGGAGUAGGCGCCGUGCUUUUACAGGAGGAUCCUGAUUCUUCUACUUGGUUGCCAAUUGCGUAUGAAUCCAAGAAAUUAUCUCAAGCUGAACAAAAAUUGCCUGCCCAGGAACGUGAACUGAUUGCUAUCAUCCAUGCUUUGAGAACAUGGCGAUGUUUUGUGGACGGUUGUCAAGGUGGUUAUACUGUGUAUAGUGAUCACAAGCCUCUGAUCUACUUCAAGUCUCAACUGAACCCAACACCUCGUCUUGUUCGUUGGAUUGCAGAUUAUGAGGCAUUCUCGCCAAAUAUCGAGUACAAAGCUGGAAAAGACAACGAAGUGGCGGAUGCUCUCUCAAGAAAACCAGAUUUACUUGUGGAAAAUGGAGAGAAUAUACCUUCGUUGGCACCUGAAUACUUAUAUGCUGCUUGGGAUCAGUUAUCUGAUACUAUCAAGACUGAUUGGCCUAUUCUGUAUGUCGACAAGAACUACGAAAAAAUGAAAUCAGAUGCAUUGCGAAAACGCAUGGAAAAGGAGGAGGAUCAGUUUGUGGUACGCCAAAGAACAGUGUAUCGACUAGUCAAGAUGGAGGAUGGAAGCAUAAAGCAAGUCAAAUUUAUUCCGUUCUCGGAUCGUGCUGAUUUGGUUUUCAAGUAUCAUGAAGCUUUUGGCCAUGCUGGUAUCAAGACUAUGCUAAAAAUGUUCACUGAAAGGUACUGGUGGCCAGGUUUGCGAAAGGAUAUUCAAGACUGGCUGAAAACUUGUACUGCUUGUCAGCUGAAUAGUCGCCGUGAUCAGGUUCAUCAAGAUGUCAUGCAUCCUCUGCAAAUACCUCAAGCUUUUGAUCGUUGGCAUUUGGAUUUUGUGGGUGAAUUGCCUACAACUGGAAACGGAAACAAAUGGUUGUUGACGGCUGUGGAUUACCUCACAAACUGGCCUAUUGCAAGAUCAGUACCAGUAGCAUCUAUGGAAGCGGUAGCGGAUUUUAUCUAUGAGGAGAUUGUCAUGCGAUUUGGUUGUCCCUCUGAAAUCGUGACGGAUCGAGGUGCCAAUUUUACUAGUGGUCUUGUAACAGCUUACACCAAACGUGUUGGAAUAAAUCACAAGCUCACCUCGGCAUUUCACCCGCGCACCAACUCCAAGGUAGAGCGAUACAAUGGCGUGAUCAAGCAAAUGCUUCGUAAGUAUGUCAAUGGUGCUAUUCAUCGCUGGGAUGACUUUGUGAAUGCGGCUUUGUGGGCAAGUCGAAUUCGAGUGCACUCAACAACAGGUUUUUCCCCUUAUUACUUGGUGUAUGGACGUGAACCUAGACUGCCUGGAGAUGUUUUGAGACCCUAUAUCACCAAGGAAAUGCUGUUGGACAAACGAACGGUAGCUGACCUAACCUCGCGUGAACUAGAACUACUUGGUCAACAUCGUGCUGCUGCUGAAUUUCGUUUGAAAGCCAUGAGCGAAGCGGACAAGAAGCGUUGGGAUGCCAAGAUUAAACCCACGCACUUCGAAAUGGGUGAUAUGGUUAUGCUGACUCAUGAAGGCAAAUUUGGCCUAGAACCUCGCUACAAAGGACCCUACAUUGUGACAAAGGUGUUCCCUGAUUUUGGUACUUAUCAACUGGAAACUAUUGCUGGUGAACCAUUGCAAUCGUUAGUACAUGUGGACAGAUUGAAAGCAGCGAAAGGUGACAAACCCAGGGAGCCAUGGUAUGAUCCUACUACUAGUCGUCGUGCUGUUCGUGAAGCCGAUUCUCUUCGUAUGGCCUCAAAUACUAGUUCCACUGACCCCAAUGGUACCACUGCUACUUCCUCUUCACCAUCACCUUCGAUUUUCUCAUCAAACCCAAGUCUAAAUCAACCUCAAGAUGAUUUUAUCGACAUGCCAAUUUCUGAUCAGAGCACGCCAAACAACAGCUCCACUACACAACCUACUACCACUAAUAAACCGCCAACUCACUCUCAAUAUCAUCACAUACUUACACAACAAAUAUCAGAUGAGGAUAGCUCUCUACAUGGGAGUAGUGUGAUGGAUGAAACAGAGGACAACGAACGUGGAUUGGGUCAAAUCAUGGAUGGAUACGACUUUUUGUCAUCUACUGAUAGCGAUAUUGAAGACACAGAUCAACCACCAACACUAUCCCCACCACAUACCAUGUCUCCACCACCAUCUCCUUCUACAGAAUCGUCUUAUUUGUCAUCUCAGUCUACAGUAUCGAAUAUAAGUAGUGGUGAUGCAGCAAUAAUCAAUGAAACAGUCAGUGUUGAUACAGAUCUUGAACUGGAUGAACGUGUAUCAGAGCCAGAAAACACAGAAAUGGUGCCAGGUCUUCGAAAUGAACCUCAUGUUGUUUCUCCUGUCAGCCCACCUUCCGUUAUUCAAGCUACUACUCCAGAACCUGAUUCCACUACUACUGUGAAUUUUUUCCCUCCUGCUGCUACAAACCAAACUCCCAUUGCACUUACUUCUCGUCCUGGGCCACCAAAAAGUACUUUUGUCUUCAAAACUCCUGCCAUUCCAAAGAUCCACACGCAAAAUGAGACCACCCAACCUGCAAAAAUCGUCGAUCUCUCUUCUCAUAUGCCAAACACUGCCACUGGUUCAUCAAGUUCAAGUGAUGUUCAGGGUCGAACAUUUGUCUCGAAGGGGGGUGAUGUCAGGGUUGAAGGGUAUUCUGACAGUGAUUUAGAUCUGCAGGAUAUCAUUGACAGACUAAACACAAACAAGAAUAAGAAGCGCAGGUUUAAACCUAGAGCGCCAGCUACCAGGAACAUUAAACAGCGAUUAACCUGGAUAGCGCACAACAUUACACAAACUAUAUUGGAUAAAAUCAAUGUUCAAAUCUAA